UAGUGAUGCCCCUUUAAUACGAGCAUCUAUUACUCUCUCUCUCUCUCUCUCCUCGCAAUCUCAAAUCUGCAUAUAAUGGAGGAGGAGGUUUUGUAGUUUCUCACUUUACAGCUCUACUUUGAUUCCUCACAGCUCUAAUCGCAAAUCGAAUUAAGGAAUCUUUUUUUCAUUUGCAUAUUUGGCUGCUGGAUGGCAUCAUCAACCAGAUAACUAUAUGUUCAAGGGUGAAGCCAGAUGAUUUAUAGUAGCUUUAUUAUGCUUGAGCAGUCCCACAAUGGGCAUCUUUUCUAUGAAUUGUCAAAUGCCAUUGCUUCUUUACAUUGUAUUGCUUUCUGUUCUGAUGAACAAUACAAGAGCUCUCAGUCCUGAUGGUGUGGUGCUUAUAAACUUUAGGACAGCCAUUGUGAGUUCAGAUGGUGUCCUUCUUCAAUGGAGACCAGAGGAUCCUGAUCCAUGUGGGUGGAAAGGAAUAAAAUGUGAUCCAAAAACCAAGAGAGUGAUAUCUUUGAGCCUUCCUUAUCACAAAUUGAGUGGAUCUAUAUCACCAGAUAUUGGGAAGCUAGAGCAUUUGCAAUUUCUUGCUCUUCAUGACAACAACUUCUAUGGGACAAUUCCUCCAGAAUUGGGAAAUUGUACAGAGUUGCGAGCACUAUAUUUGCAGGGUAACUACUUAAGUGGAUUAAUUCCUAGUGAUCUGGGAAAUCUUUCAGUGCUUGAAAAUCUGGAUAUCUCUAGUAACUCUCUAAGUGGAUCUAUUCCACUAUCACUUGAGAAGUUGUUCAAGCUCUUAGCUCUAAACGUGUCGACCAAUUUUUUGGUUGGGCCAAUUCCAUCUGAUGGUGUGCUUAUCAACUUCACGGAGAGCUCCUUUGUGGGUAAUCGUGGUUUGUGUGGGAAACAAGUCAACAAGAGAUGCGAUGAGGCUGGAGGUCCUGCAUCAGACUCCCAACCCUCUUCAGUACAAAACCAAGGGAAGAAAAAAUACUCUGGGCGACUACUUAUAAGUACAUCUGCUACUGUGGGUGCACUACUUUUGGUGGCAUUGAUGUGUUUUUGGGGCUGCUUUCUUUAUAAGAAACUUGGUAAAAACGAUGGUAGAGGCCUUGCAAUGGAUGUCAGUGGAGGCGCAUCAAUCGUGAUGUUUCAUGGAGACUUGCCAUAUUCUUCGAAGGAUAUCAUUAAGAAAUUGGAGACUUUGAAUGAGGAACAUAUAAUUGGUUCAGGGGGCUUUGGGACAGUGUACAGGCUUGCAAUGGAUGAUGGUAGUGUAUUUGCUUUGAAAAGAAUUUUAAAGAUGAAUGAGGGCUUUGAUCGCUUUUUUGAGAGGGAGCUUGAGAUUCUUGGAAGUAUAAAGCAUCGGUACCUAGUGAAUUUGCGGGGAUAUUGCAAUUCUUCAACAUCAAAACUGUUAAUUUAUGAUUUCUUAGCUGGUGGUAGCCUAGAUGAAGCUCUUCAUGAGAGAUCUGAGCAGCUGGACUGGGAUACACGACUAAAUAUCAUCAUGGGAGCUGCAAAAGGGCUGGCAUACUUGCACCAUGAUUGUUCCCCACGAAUUAUACAUCGUGACAUAAAGUCAAGUAACAUUUUGCUUGAUGGGAAUUUUGAGGCUCGAGUAUCUGACUUUGGAUUAGCCAAAUUAUUAGAAGAUGAGGAAUCUCACAUUACGACCAUUGUAGCUGGAACAUUUGGGUAUCUGGCUCCAGAAUAUAUGCAAAGCGGUAGAGCAACAGAAAAGACUGAUGUUUAUAGUUUUGGGGUUCUGGUUCUUGAAGUAGUGAGUGGAAAGCGACCCACUGAUGCAGCAUUUAUUGAGAAGGGCUUCAACAUUGUUGGCUGGUUGAAUUUUCUAGUCACAGAGAGUAAACAACGGGAGAUUGUUGAUCUACAUUGUGAAGGGGUUCAGAUUGAAAGUCUUGAUGCCUUGCUCUCAGUUGCCAUCCAGUGUGUGUCUUCAACUCCAGAGGAAAGGCCCACUAUGCACAGGGUGGUACAAAUACUUGAAUCUGAGGUCAUGACCCCUUGCCCAAGCGACUUAUAUGAUUCCAACUCUGAUUGAUGCCCUGAAGAGACGAUGAAGAAUUUUUCGUGUCACUCUCUGCUGCUUCCUUGGAAAGUAGAGAAGUGAUAUAAGCAGUGAAAGGGGCUCCAAUCUCUGUGAAGGUUCAUUCUUUUACCCCUAAUUUAUUCAUUCUUUCUGCAUAUUAAUGACAGAUGGCCCCUUUCAUCUGUUCCCAUUGUCCUAGUUGUCUAUGGAGUUGGUGGUUUGUCGUGAAUGGCAUUACAGGUCAGUUUGGAUGCAUGCUCGGUUUUCUUUCUACUCAUGAAUGCAAUUUCCACUUGUGAGAGUGAUCUAUUUCAUCCUUUUUCUCCUUUCCUGUUCUCCUUUAUAUGUUUCUGUAAUCCCUCUCUAGCUGUAUUCCCAAAUUAAAUGUACAUGACAUUUUCUAAAUUAGUUUAUGCCAUGUUUCAGAAAGAUUGUUUGUUGUUGCCAUUUUUGUAUAUUAUUUUCGGAUCACAAUAAUUGGUCCCCUUGGAAGAAUAUGCAAAAUUAUUUAUUUA